GCUUGGAUCGUUUCUCCUGUUUCCAGCUCUCUGGCCUGCGAAGGCCAUUCGUGUGAACCCGCUUGAGCACUGGAGUAGUCCCCAAUCGCUUAUCAUCCCUUUCAUCUUGCGAGGUAGCGGCAGGUGUUGCGUGCGGACGCUUGGAGGAGGGCGGCGGCGUGAGGAGGGUACCGAGGGCGAUGAGCGCCGUGGACAAAGUCAGCACUGCGCAAGAAGUACGACUGAGGGCGGCCAAAUCGUCCAGAAGACAUCACAAGCAGCAGGAAAAGGCACGACUCGUCUAUCGGGCCAAGGACAAGCCGACUGAGGCUGUCCAGGCAUCCACUGUUUGCGACUCACCCCAGUCCGCUCACAGCAAGACGCCUCCCACCACUCCUGACAGCAGUGAUGGCGGCCGGGAGCCAGGUCCUGCGGUGGUGAACGGCGUGGGCGCCGACGACGCGACGACAGCCACAGCCACAGCCAAGAAGAAGACGGGAGGGCGGCGGCACAAGCAGCCCAAGCCUAUAGCCGUCACUCUGCGCCUGUCGGGCACUCCCAGACCCAAGGACAGGGAACAGGAGGACGUUACUCCCGCUCAGCACAGUCAUCUGGCGGAGAGCGACGCCCACGUGUCAGAGAGCGACGCCAACCCAUCGGCUACGGCUGCUGCGUGGGGCGGCAUCACUGACGCAGUGGGCAGCUUCAUCUCGGGCACGUUUGGCGGACUUUUUGCGCACAAGGGGCAGGACGACCACACCGAUAUGGCGACCAACCAAGGUGCUGAUGCCCAGCCGCAUCACCAGCAAGGGCAGCAGGAGCCGGGCAUGCAGAAGUCUAGUUCUGGCGUGCGGGAGAGGGAGAGGGGGAGGGGUGAGAGGGCCAAGCCCGAGAGCGGGGAGAGCUCUACCAACGAGGCAGCCGCCAAGACCACCCGUCCCCCCAAGGUCAAGCGGGCCACCAUAUCCCUCGUCGGCAAGGGCAAGCCCACCCCACCGCCCGACAACAACACACCAUCAUCCAAGGGUGCUGACAAGCCCGCUGUCCUUCAGAACGGCACUGCUCCCGCUCUCAAGAAGUCGCAGCAGCGGCUGUGUGACGAAGUGGCAGCCGAGACCCAAGCGAAGGAGUCCAGUAGGGUCAACGGGGAGCACAGCACCUUGGGCGAGAGUGGAGCCAAGGAGGCCAAGUCGGAUGGGGGGCCUUCUCGCACCGACGACGACCCCCCGCCGCAGCCAUCCCCAUCGCAAUCGCAGCCCCCAGCAGGAGACGAGUCGCGUGUGAGGUCGUCGCCGAAGCGCCCCCCCGGCCCCGCUGGCCUGUUGCGUGCCGCCGUGUCGACGCUUAAGGAGCCUCCAGCCGCCCGUGAGAGGCCGCACAUGUCUGCUUCAGCUGCUGGUGCGAAGGGUGUGACGUCCCAGCCGUUUGCUGCCCCUGAGACGACGACCCCUGUGACCCUCCCCCCCGCCCCCUUCCUCGCCCCAGAGGUGUCAGUGGCAGACCCGGCCAAGCCCGCCACUUCCGCGUCAGGCAAAGACUCGCCGACCAAUGCUGGUGCUGGUGGUCGCAAGACGCGUCCGGCGGGGGUGUAUGUGCCGCCCCACGUGCGUCGAGAGAGGGAGCGGGCCAGGGAGAGGGAGCUGGAGAGGGAGAGGGAGUUGGAGAGAGAGAGGGAGUUGGAGCUGGAGCUGGAGAGGGAGCGGGAGAGAGAGAGGCAGUGCGCGAAUGACUUGGGUGGUCGCUGUGGCGAGGACAGCGCCGCAGAUGCCGAUGGUGGUAGUAGGGAUGGGGGCGAUGAGAGGCCGAGCAGCGCUCUGCCGCACAGCAAGUCCGCCAAUGCGUCGCCCGAGAGACCGCUCAAGGGCAUGCAAGGUGAGGCGAAGCGCAACACACACAAUGCCACUGGACUUAUGUGUCGUCUGUGGAUGGAUGGAUGUGUCAGGCGGUGGUUCGAGUAGUGGUGAGGGGUCGCCGUCGUCUUGUCGCCGGGCUGAGGGGGCAUCGCACUCGCACAGACGAAGGCGGGGCAAACUCAGGGUAACAGACAGACAGACAGACAGACAGACAAGAGCCCACACUGGAGACCCAUUUCCCUCUUCUGUGUGUGUGUGUGUGGUGUCUGUGUGAUUGGAUGGAUGCAGGCGUAUUCUGACGGUUCUGACGUGAGCGACGGUGGUCGGUCCUCCAAGGACGCAGAGAACGGCGAUGAUCUGCACUGGCCCUUCAGAUGCGCCAGACAGAUACGGGUGCGGACGGACGGACGACCGGACGACACAACACACACACACGUGUCACAUCAACUGGCUUCUCAAUCAAUGCGUGUGUGUGCGUGUGUGUGCAGGAUAGUCGUGACAUAGAUAUGGAGCGGCUGGCUCGCAAGUUCGAACCUGUCGACUUCGGCGUGCCGCAGCACCAGAUACUCGAGAUAGCGGUGCGUCCGCCAACUCUCACGGAUGCCGUCAACACACAGCCAUCUGUGUGUGCUGUGUGCUGUGUGCUGUGUGUGUGGCCCACAGCCGUUGGAGCCGGGAGUGUUGCGCAGUCAGAUUGUGUCAGCGUUGACGAGCAACCUGGGCAUCCGUAUAUCUGACUACACCUUCAACCUAGCAGACGACACACACGCACUCGUAAGCAAGCUGACAACCAAACACACACGCACACACACGCACACACACGCACACACACGUUUGCCUGUUGCCUAUGGGGGGACGGUGCAUAUUGAUUGCAUGGGUGUGUGUCGCUGGAUUUGGAUGGAUGAAUGCAGGUAGCAUUUCGUACGUUGGGUGACUGCCAGAAGGUCCUGGACAAGUGGUCGCAUCCCGAGUGGAACGUCACGCCACUCACACAAGCCAGCAACGUAUCCAAAGCAAAGUAAGACAGGGUCACACAACGAACACACAAGGUGAGGAUUGCAGAAUGAUUCAUGCUGUCUUGUGUCGCGGCCAUGGUCAGGUACAACGAGUUGCGCCCGCAGCCGCGCCCCGAGACCACUCUCACAGUGGCACGGCGGCUCAUCACCAGCCACCUCAACGCAUCCAUGUACGCCAGAACCAACCUCUGUGCAGUGCAUCUCACACCCACCCCACACACUAACCCAUACACUUGUCUCCCUGCCUGCCCGCCUGCCUGCCUGUGUGUGUUGGUGAAGGCGCAAGGAGCAUCUGGAGGAGGAGAAGGCCUUCCGCGAGCGCACACGACAGGAGAAACACAAGGACAAACAGCCCAAGGUGAGUCUGCCCACAGAGGCCGACCACAACACAACACAACACAACAAUCUGUGUCGUGUUGUGUUGUGUUGUGUGGCUUGUGUCAGAAGGCGAUUCGUGACGCCUGGAGCAGCGGGUCGGAGAGCGGCGACAACGACACGGCCGACUGACUGACUGACUCUCUUCCACCCACUCAGCCCCCCUGCCUCCCUGGACGACGUGUGUGUGUAUUCAUGACGCGAGCUGGUCACCGGGCCGUCCAUCUCUGUCUGUGUGUGUGUCUAUCUCUACCUAACUCUCAUAUGACGAAUUGGCGACCGGGGGUGGAUGUCUCGAUGGAUGUGUGAUUUGUGGGCGGGUGAGGUGGACUGACUGACUGAUUGAGACGAUGGACUGAUUGAGUUGCCGACAGACACUGCGUGCCUGAGAGAUGACAGCGAACGGACACACCGAAACCUUCCAUCCAUCGCGACCGUACCACAACACUUCACCCUUCUCUGUGUCCGUCCGAAAAGCAUCUGUGUGGU